AUCACCUGUUGGGGUGCCACACCCGUCUCGUCUUGCGCAUGCGUGUUGUGCACCGCAGGGGCGUGGAGUCACGUGCUAGGGCGCGAGCUGUGUCCGUGGGGGGAGCUUCCUGUCACGGCUGCCGCCACCGCCCGGUGGCUUCUGGAGCCCCGGGCGGUGCGGGGCGAGAGAAGGCCCGGGUUGGUUUCGGAUUCGCCGCGAGACAGGUAUCUAGGCAGCCAAGAUGCCAGGGCCAAGACCUCGGAAGGGCCCUCAGGCCAGUGGUCAGGGUGUGGCAGCUGCCAAGCAGCUGGGACUGUUUGUGGAAUUCAGCCCUGAGGACAUGCUGUUGGGGAUGGAGGAGACUGGAGAUGAUGGGGACCUGGAGGCUGAGCUGCUGGCCCUCACAGGAGAAGCAGGGAACACAGGCGGGAAGCCAGCACCCAAGAGGCUGGGUAAGGCGCCUUUACCUAUGGCCCACAUCGAGAAGCUGGCGGCGGACUGUAUGCGGGAUGUGGAGGAGGAGGAGGAGGAAGAAGAAGGGCUGGAGGACGAUACAGACUUGCUGACUGAGCUGCAGGAGGUCCUGGGUGCAGAUGAGGAAGCUGGGUCCUUGGAUGGCGAUGAGACAGCCACCCUGGGUAGCUCUGAGGAGAAGGGACAGGAAAACACUGACCCUCCAGUGCAGACAGCUCUCCUAACAACUUCAGUUCUGGUGGCUCAGGCUGGAGGGCCUCGGGGGCUGCAGGCUCUGCUGGAGGACCGGCUCCACAAUUACCGGGAAGCUGCGGCCAGCGCUAAGGAGGCAGGUGAAGCAGCCAAAGCCAGGCGUUGUGAACGUGGACUAAAGACUCUAGAGUCCCAGCUGGCUGCUGUGAGGAAAGGCAGGAAGAUCAAUGAGGAUGAGAUACCACCUCCAGUGGCCUUGGGCAAGAAGCCCCCAGCUCCCCAGGAAACAACCAACAGGAGCCCUGAGACAGACCUCCCUGCUCCCCCCGCCAUGUUACCAGACAACCCUUCUCAGCCUGAGACAAGCCCCCUGGGCAGCCCUGGCACUUCUACGCUGCCCAAUCCAGACCCAGACCCACGGGCCCUGUUGUCGGCUCGACAGAGGGAGUACAAAGUGGCUGCCUUGAACGCCAAGCGGGCUGGGGACCUAGAUCGUGCCCGAGAGCUCAUGAGGAUUGGGAAGAGAUUUGGUGCCGUCCUGGAGGCCCUGGAGAAGGGGCAGCCUGUGGACCUGAGUGCCAUGCCCCCAGCACCUGAGGGCCUGAAGCCCCUCCCACAGGCUUCGAAGGUCCUCACAGCACCCUCAGUUGGACCCCCAGCUGUGGAACAUGUGCACCCAGUGAUGGCCUCUAACACUCCAGCAACCCCAGAGGCCCAUACGGAGCCACAGACAGUGUUGGACGCCCUGCAGCAGAGGCUGAAUAAGUACCGUGAGGCAGGCACCCAGGCCCGCAACAGUGGGGAUGAACGAAAGGCCCGGAUGCACGAGCGCAUUGCCAAGCAAUAUCAAGAUGCCAUUCGAGCGCAUCGAGCAGGACGCAAGGUUGAUUUUGCUGAGUUGCCUGUUCCUCCAGGAUUCCCUCCUAUCCCUGGUCUGGAGUCCACUACAGACACUGAGGAGGAUGCAGUAGCAGCUACUUUAGCUGCUGCUCAGAAACUAGCUUCUGACGAUACAGCUCCAGCAGAGGAAGAUGGGGAUGAGGAUGAGGAUGAGCCUCCAGCCCAGGCCCCAGUACCCAAGAAGCCUCUGGUCCCUUCAUCCCGCCCUUUGCCUGAACCCAAGGCCUCAAGUUCUAAGGAGCCACUGAGUCCCUCUGUACGGGAGCAGCUGGCACUGCUGGAGGCCCGCAAACUGCAGUACCAGCGGGCAGCCCUGCAGGCCAAGCGUGGCCGGGACCUGGAACAAGCCAAAGCUCACCUGCGGCUGGCCAAAUGCCUUGAGGCUCAGAUUCUCCAGGUCCGAGCCGGCCGACCAGUAGACCUCUCCAAGGUACCUUCACCGUUGACGGAUGAGGAGGGUGACUUCAUCCUCAUUCACCAUGAAGACCUGCGCCUCUCCCAGAAGGCUGAGGAGGUAUACGCACAGCUACAAAAGAUGCUUCUAGAGCAACAUGAGAAGUGUCUGCUGUUCUCCAAGCAGUUCAUGCACCAGGGCAAUGUGGCCGAGACUACUCGGUUUGAGAAGCUUGCUCAAGACCGCAAGCAGCAGCUUGAGAUCUUGCAGCUGGCCCAGGCCCAGGGCCUUGACCCUCCUAGCCACCACUUUGAAUUGAAGACAUUCCAGACUGUGAGGAUCUUCUCAGAACUCAACAGCACAGAAAUGCAUCUCAUCAUUGUCCGGGGAAUGAACCUCCCAGCCCCUCCAGGGGUGACCCCUGAUGACUUGGAUGCUUUUGUGCGGUUUGAGUUUCACUACCCUAACUCGGACCAGGCUCAAAAAAGCAAAACAGCCGUGGUGAAGAACACGAACUCUCCAGAAUUUGAUCAACUCUUCAAACUAAACAUCAACCGCAACCACCGGGGCUUUAAGCGGGUGAUUCAAAGCAAAGGAAUCAAGUUUGAAAUCUUCCACAAAGGAUCCUUCUUCAGAAGUGACAAGCUUGUUGGCACAGCCCACCUGAAACUGGAGCGGCUGGAGAAUGAGUGUGAGAUCAGAGAGAUUUUGCAGGUCCUGGAUGGAAGGAAGCCCACUGGGGGCAAGCUGGAGGUGAAGGUGAGGCUGCGGGAGCCUCUGAGUGGCCAGGAUGUACAGAUGGUCACCGAAAACUGGCUGGUCCUGGAGCCCAGGAGCCUGUGAGCAGACGGUCAACACCAGGAGAGGAGCCAGGCCACCGGCUGUGUGCAGAAAUGUGUUUUUCCCAGCUUUGCUGGCUACAGAAGCCUUUGUACAUAAGGGAGAUAAAUGCUGCUACACAAAUACCAAAAACCUGCUGAUCACGGCCUCGGUCUUUCCUGUGGCUGGCCCUUUUCUAGGCCUCCACACCAAAGCAGGAUGGAUUCCAUUAGGCUGCCUCCCCUUCCUGCGCAGCAAAAGCAAGGACAGCCUCAUUGCUCUGUGCCAUGGAGUCUUGCAGCCCCUUAACCUCUGUGCAGCAACUGUGUGCAGCUUACCCCGGCCCCUAGUUGCAACGUUUCUGAAUGUGCCUUUAAAAGAUACAACUGUAAAGGAUGGGAGAGUUUGAGAGUGAUCCUGCUUAGGGUUCCAUGAUGUUUGUCAGUGGCACCCUAUGCCAAAGACCUCAGUUUACCCAGCCCUGCCUGUGCCUUGUUUCCUGACAGCUGCUGCUCUAGCCUCCCUGCUUCCCAAACUCCCAGUGGAGGAAGGAAGUUAUGUUCUGGACUGUGUGGUGGGAAGCAGGCAAGGCUGCACCUUGAGUUUGGUCCGUGCACCUAAAACUAAAAGACUGCUAACUGGAGGAAAAAAAAAAAACAUGUAAAAAUUUAUGUAGUGGUUUUUAUUUAAGAAACUAGGUCUAAUUCACUUGUAUGGAUUUACACUCUACACACAGUAACCAUCAAAGACCUAAACAAAAGUCCUGUCACUUUUUAAAAGCCAGAGUAGCAGUAACAUUUAAUUGACAGAAACUGCUACUAUGACUUCCUCUUUUGAGAGAGGGCAGAGGAAGUCUUCCCUCUUCAGCUAAUCACCUAGGGAAAUCCCCAGUUCUUUCCUAGAAAUUCUCUUUUGGCUUUGUUUUUCUCAAUGGAUGGAGACGGACUUAUAAUUGCAAUAGAUUUAAUAUUCAAAACUGCAGUGUUCUACAUUUCUUAAAAAUUAACAUCCCAUCCACCCACCCUUCCCAGCAGCUUUUUGAAGCAUUAGCUUAAGUUCAACAUAGCAUUCUUAAAGGUCACUUUUAAAGGUCCUAAGUGAAGCAAGUACAUUCAGCUUACUGAUCACUACAGCACUGCAUAAGCACAGCUCAGGGAUUGAGCUUUUUGGGGGAUAGGGCUGGACCGUGCUUCCCUGCCCUUAACGGAUCUUUUGGGGGUAACAGCAUGAAGGACAAAUGAUUUUUUUCCCCAAGAGCUUUCUGGCCAGUCUUAACCAUCAGAGUGAUUUUUCAGAUACGAGGUAGAACGCUUAAUUGCUGUUACAUCUCUGUGUCAAGCCAGCAGUCCUCUACAAUGAAAAGGAAGGGUGUUAGCCUUCAUAAGGGGGCCUAGAACAAAGAUGAGUGGCCAGGAGAGUUUCUGACCCAACCUAACCUUCCCCUCAGGUUUGUACCCCAACUGGUGCUUAACUAAGGUCUCGGACAGCUGUCGUUACCCUCAAAGGUUCCAGCCAGCCCUAGGUAUUUCUGAACUUGGACCUGUGCUGAAAACAUCCUGUUCCAAUUUGAUAGGAAGUAUUCUGUGGCUCACAGAUUUCCUUUUGCAACCUGUUCAAUUUUAGUUGUCUUCACUGCUUUUUGCUUUCUGGAAAACAGAUCCUCCAGGCUGGGGGGAGGCAAGACAAAGCCACCCACUGGACUUGGAGACUGAGGUUCUGAAAGGGCCUUUGUUGUGGCCAACACAUGCAGGGGUCAGUGGUGGUGGGAGGAGCCUGCCCAGUCUCAAAAGAUUUGUCCAAAUGCAGCAACCAGGCAUUGGAGAUGAGUGACUCCGGAGCAGUUGAGAACAAGACGUGACCCAAAUCAUUUUUAAAUUUUAAAUUCUCUCUUCAGUCUAGUGCAAGGCACAGUUUCCUCUGAAUUAGCGAACUGAAUAAAACAUGGAGAAAUUUUUCUCACAUGAAGACUUGCUCACAGCACAAACUAUUUUGUGACUUCAACAUUUUUCUUAAGCACCACUGCAAAUCACCUGUUGCUUCCAAAUUUUGAGAGCUUGCUUUCCAAAUUUUGUGGGCAGUUCCUACAAGAUCUUGCCCCUUAAUCAGGCAGCUCCUUUACGGGUGAAACUAGGGGGCUGAGACGGGUGGAA